UGACAUCACAUCCGUUUGUGGAAUAUGGCAGUUGACAGGUGUGUGAGAAGUGGUGAGAAAGUAAAAUAUUACCCUUUAACAAUACUAUUUUAAACUAUACUUUGAAACGCCAAGUGGACUCAAGUAGACAUGUAAAAUAUUUCUGAACGUGAAUAUUUAGAAGCGUUUUGCUUGAUUUACAUAGCAGUAAGAAAAAGGUUUACCCUCUUCUUGCCAGCUUGUGAGGAAUGUGUAUCUAAUAUAAUGGACAAUCAUACUGAAGAUUCAAGGUUGCUCCAGUAUUCUCCAGGCGAGGACAGCGAUGAGGACGUGGUCACCGACUACGCGGCGGCCAUGAGCGGCGGGGGCGCGGGCCCCCGGCAGCAGGGCCACCACGUGCCGCUGGUGCCCACCAUCAGCGUGACGCCGCACUCGCCCGGCGGCAGGCACUACCCCGUCCUCGAAGACAACCUGCAGCAACUGCAUGAGAUCCACGAGAGCAUUCAGCAGAUGAGAGACCACACAGUUCAGGCUUUCAACAACCAGAUCUUGGGUCUUUCUCUGUAUUCUCGUUUGAGUGCAUCUUGUCCAUCUCUAAACAAUGACCCUGGAUUAGACCCAGAUCUGUUGGGGUCAUUAAAUUCUUCGCCCAUGCAGAAUGCACCAUGUGGGUCCUUUGCCAUGGACAACAUGCAUGGAAAAGAGAACUCGAAGGAGUGGCUGAUCGGCGUGGACGGGGGAGAGGUGACUCGACGUCGCAGCUGGACGGCGCUUGAAGACCUCAGCAGCGGCUGCGAGAAGAGGGGGUCGGGCCGCCGGAGGAGCGUGAGCCUCAGCAGCCUGGAGUCGGAGCAGGACGACCCAUUCCUGGACCAGGGCGACUCGGCGGGCAGCACGGGGCUGCUGGCGGGCCCGGGCGGCGGCCGGCGGAGCGGCCGGGGGCAGGGAGGGGCGUCCACCCACUCCCUCAACGAGGCGGACUUGCAGAAUGAUUUCAACAAGAUUGUUGCUAAGAGAGAAGUGGAGAGUUUAAGACUCCUACCAGCCCGCCUGCCUCUUCAGAAGUCAGUGUCAACACCAUCAAUCAUCGCUGCGAGGGACAUUGCGAAUGAGGUGGCUGUUGAAGAUGGCCACCCAGUGGUUGCCAUCAACUACCAGCGGCCGAGCGGAACAGAGAGCGAAACCGAAGAGGAGUUGCUGGCUGCCAUCAAACACUUAGUUCCAUCAAACAUUCCCAUCUCAUUCGAUGCAUUCCUUGCAGAUGAUGCAACGUAUGACCAUCGCUCAGGAAAACGACGUAAGAGAGGAAGCAUAUUCUUUAGGAAAAAAAAGGACAAGCCGAAGAAAGUCCCCCAUCAGUGGGUGUCGGCCUGUUAUGGAUCUGCGCAUGCAUGCGAUUGGUGCUCUAAACCUCUCACCAACAAGCCUGCACUCUAUUGUGAAAAUUGUACAACUACAGUUCAUCAAAAUUCCUGUAAAGAUCACAUCAUGGACUGCACAAAACCAAAAAUCAGCAAGAGCACGUCAUCUGUUUCAUCCAAGCAGCAAAGCGCCAAACGGAACUCUGCCUCGCUGCAAGCUCACAUUCAGUCCAGCACCAGCAACAGUCAGAUGAUCAGCGAAGAAAAGGAAGGUGAUGGUGUCCAUCAUGAGGGCUCGAAUGCAUCUGAAGAUGUUUUAUUCGACUUCCUGUUUGAAGGACCAGUCACUGCUGGUGACCUGGACACAGAUCCUUUCCUGGGCCUGCAGGACGAGGAGCCAGACUCGUGGACGCCGACCGUAGGCAAGGAGGUGACAAAAAAGCUGAAAGAGAAGGAAAUAAAACGUCAGGAACACAUUUAUGAAUUCAUCCUGACAGAGAAACAUCACUGCCUCACUCUAAGAGUUAUGCAGAAGGUGUUUGUGGAAGGCCUGGAGAGGCACUUCCAGCUGGGCAAGGACCUGGACCGCAUGUUCCCCCGGCUGGCCGACCUCGCCGACAUCCACCUGAGGUUCCUGUGGCGGCUGCGGCAGCGCCAGCGGGAGAGCCCCGUGGUCGACUCGCUCGGAGACGCGCUGCUGGAGCAGUUCUCGGGACCGGGGGCCGAGAGGCUCAAGUCGGCGUACGGGGAGUUCUGCAGCCGGCACCGGGAUGCUGUCGACAUCUACAAGCAGUACCUGCAGGACCGCCGCUUCGCCGAGUUUGUGCGCCACUGCCAGUCCAACCCCCUGCUCAAGAAGAAGGGCAUUCCCGAGUGCAUACUGUUCGUCACGCAGAGGCUCACCAAGUACCCCUUGCUCAUCGAGCCGCUCAUCAAAACGGCCAAAGACAAUAAGCAGGAGCUGGAAAAACUAACCAAAGCACUUGCCCUCGUAAAAGAAAUCCUUGUGGAAGUAGAUGCUCAAGUUGCUGAAAAAGAUAAGGAGGAUCGAAAGUUGGAGAUUUAUAACAGAAUAGAAGCCAAAUCUUUUACGGUUCAUAGGGAAAACAAAUUUAAAAAGUCUGAUAUUCUGUCGAAAAACAGAAGGUUAAGGUUCGAAGGACUGGCUAUGCUAAUGCAAGGUCGAGGCAAAAUGCAGCUUGUCAUGGUGAUUGUCUUGUCUGAUGUCCUCUUCUUCCUGUUGGAGAAUAACCACAAGUAUUCAUUCUUCACGCCAGACAAUAAAGCCGGUGUUGUAUCGCUGCAGAAGCUGUUGGUCCGAGAAAAAGCCGGGCAGGACUCCCGAGGGAUAUAUCUCAUAUCCUCCAACCCAGCAGAGCCAGAAAUGUUUGAGCUCAAGGUCCACAAGCCCAAAGACAAGCGCCAGUGGAUCGAUUCCAUCAGGGAAGCAGUCCAGAGCUGCCAGGAAGACGAGGAUGAAGGAGUUGUUCUCAGUUCCGAAGAACGUCAGAAGCUGCUCACAGCGAAACAGUUACAGAUCAGACAGAUUGUGGGUGUGCUGAGGCAGAAGGACCUAGAGCAGGCCCAUAUCUUGGAGGAGAAGAUGGCUCUUCAGCAGAAGCUGCUAGCAGCCGCGGGCGUCGAGAACGUCCUCAACCCCCCAAACUACUGCAGCCUGGUGGCAGAGGAUGCCGACAGCAACUCCAUCUGGCAGGAGGUUUUGUCUGCCGUUCAGGAAGUUAACCACCUGGCAAGCUCGUUAUACGCGACCGGAACAAACCUCUCUCGCAGCGUCAGUUCUGCAGGAGAACACCAAAGUGAAACCUACAUCUCGCCGACGUUGCCAAAACGAGCGGAAACGUUUGGUGGGUUCGAUAAUGCCAACAAGGACCAGUUACCUCCAGCAGUAUUAAAAGGUGUAUUGAAAAAAAAUCAUCUUAAAGAAAACUAUGACCAUUCCAAUUGUUCCACUCCAGUGAGCACACCUGAAUCUGACAGUCAUCACGAGCAACAUUCCCAAAGAGUAUCCAGUGAACAGUUACCAUGGGCCGACACGAUGUUGGCCACGAUACCAGCAGGAGUCCUGGUGGAAAAUUCUACAGACCUGCCAGCAUUGCUCAUGCUGGGCCAAGAGCAACAGUUGGCUGCAGUGCAGCUCUCGCAUUAUGUAUACAAGUUACUCUCCAUCAUUUCCCAGCAGAUGACGUCAAUCAGCAGCCUGCAGGCCCAGCUGUCGGCCUGCAGGUCGCAGCUGUGCCACGACGACGGGCGGGAGCGCCGGCCCGCGUACCGCCACAACCAGCAGCUGGAGGAGCUGCGCAACCUGCAGGACCGCCUGUCGCAGGAGAAGGAGACCUGGCAGCGGGAGAAGGACCUGGAGGAGAAGUACAUCGAGGAGAAGAAGCUGGAGCUGCAGAGGCUGCAGGAGCAAGUGCGCGCGGAGCAGAGCGACAUCGUGCAGCAGCGGGAGCAGCUGUACCGCAAGCUGGAGGUGCUGACGAGCCAGGGGAUCCUCAUCAGCCCCGGCAUGCCGGCGGUCAACAGCUGCACGGCCGGAGAGGAUGCGGCCAGCCCCAGCGACGACCAGACCUCGUCGGGGGAGUCCAGCGUGCCGUCCCCGCCGGCGCCCGAGGCUCGGCGCAAGCCCGACCCCAAGUGGAGGUCCGCGACCAGCAAGUCUUCGCUCCCUCUCAACCUGCUCAGUGCCACCAACCAGCAGAAGGUCGCACAGAACGUGAAGGUGAGGCAGCAGCUGCCCCUGAAGCUGGCCAACAAGCUGGGAGGAUCCGGCUCCGCGCUCCAGCAGAUCCUGCCCUUGAAGCUGAGCCAGUCGGCGGCGGCCGCAGACCAGCGCCGAGGCAGCGGCGGCCCCGGGGGCUACCAGCGCCUGGGCUCGGGCAGCUUCAGCCCCCCCGGGCCGGGGGACUGCUCCACCGUGCCGCCCAGCCACGCCCGCACCGGCAGCAGCCCGGCCAUGAUGCAGAACGUGUCCCCGCCUCCUCUUCCCCCCGGCAACAAGGCGGGCCGCACACACACCUACCCCAGGCUCCCGGAGAGGUUCCGCGUGCAGUCCCCCACCACCCCGCCGCAGCCCUCCGAGGAGGAGGUCAUCUUCUUCUGACGCCGGCGCCCCCCGUACACGUUCGUCCGCGCGUGAGAUCGUAUCCGCAGGUUUUCCGCAGGCCUUAUCAUGAAUUGUUGUGAUGUUGUAUGUUACGUGUAAGUUGUAUAGUGCUAGGUGAUUAAUUUUUAUUUUUAUUUGAUUCAAGUAAACAGACUGAUGAAAUGACCAUUUUGUAUGCUGUACUAAAUUGUUUCAUAUAUUAUAUAUAUAUAUUUUUAUUUAACUUUGUAAAUACUUUAUGGGUAUUUAUUCUUGAAAUGUUUUUUCCCUCGUGUAGUGGGUACGUAUUCAAAGACUAUGUACCAUAAUAUGUCUGAUUAUUUUAGCAAUGUUUGAAAUGUAUGUUGCAGGGUAGACUCUCAAAUGCUGUAUUACAUGUACAUUUUAUGUCGUAUUCUGUCUUCCUCACUCAGUGCAAAAGUAAAAUAGACUUUUUCUCAAUCAUUGUGACAAUAUUAGAGUUCUGUUCUCAAAUGUUAACUUUGUCCCAGCGAUUUCAAUGGGUGUUGUUAUAAUUAUUGCUAGGAGUUUUCGAAAGAUUCUCCACGUUACGAAAUAAUUGUUGACUUGUUCACUGAAGGCCUACUGUGAAUGUCUUUCCAUUUCUGUAGGUAUAAAGUAUUUUUGUAAAAUUUCUAACUAUUCUUUGACUGGUGUGUGUAAACUAUUGCAAUAAUUUGUGUAUUCGUAUAAUAUUGUAUGAAUUUUGCCACAUACACACGUAUACACAUGCACCACACACACACACACACACACACACACACUCACACACACAAAACAAAACACAAUCAUGAUUCUUGCUAUAGUUGAAAUUAUUCAUUCUUAGUAUUUUGUAGGGUGCAGAGAGUCAUGUAAUGCUUUAACUAUGGUAUACUCAUUGAUGUAUCAAUGAACUGCUUUAGGCAGUUAUGCAAUAACAAGCAAUAACUGCUGUUCUUGUGAGUUUUCGUACCUGAUACCUAAACCUAACCCAUGCCAUCUUGUUUCAGUGUUGUUAUUGGUUUAGGAAGUAGCAGUAUGAUUUAUCUGCUUCAAUCUGAAUUUUCUAUGUAUUAACUAAUAAAGGCGAAAGUUCAAAGACAAAACAUUUCUGUACCAACAGGGACCUAUUUAAUAAGUACGUACCAGCAGGGCCGCAACUAGAGUCUCUGGCACCCGGGGCAUGAAUGGAUUCAUGCGCCCCCCCCCCCCCCCCCCCCCCCUCUUUUUUGCACAUACCACACCAAUAAAGUGGCGGGUCUGGGGGACCUCCCACUGAAAAAUGGUGCUAUUUAAGCAUUUUCCAUACCUACAUGUAACAGUGUCUGUGCUACUGUACCUUCCAUGCAAGAACCCACUAUGUCCAUAAAGUAGACUAGACUUGUGCAUUAAAUAUGUUGAGACGUUAUAUUAUAAUCAGAUUAGACAUUCCUGGCAUGCAAGUUAAAAAACUUUUUACCAGUUACCAGUUGUAGUAGGAAUUACAAUGCAAGCGAUUUCGGCGCCCCCACAGCUUUGCGCCCGCGGCGUAUGCCCCGCUUGCCCCCCCCCCCCCCCCCCCUAGUUGCGGCCCUGCGUACCAGUACUUACACAUUAACAAAAUUCACGUAACUAGGUAGCAUACAAGUUACAAGUGAGAGCUACUUCAUUUUGUAAAAAUAUUUUCAUAGUUUUAAAAGUUGGUGAAUGUGCAAAACAUGUUUCACAAAUGAGCUGUUAUGUUAUGUUAUGUUAGUGAUGGAAGGUUUGCAAGUGAUAAAGGAACUAAAAAGUGAUGUACUGCAUAAAAUAUAACAGUUAUAAAAUAUUUGUAUUAUAUAAUUAACUAUAUUCUUUUAAAUAGGCUUGAUUAUGCUUACAAAAAGAGACAAGUUUAAAGGGAAAGGAUUUUGGGGGGGGGAGGGCUAUUGGGAUAUUCAAAAAAAAAAAAUUUUUGAAUGCUUGAAAGACAUUCCCUGCAUAAAUAAUAUUCACGCUGCCAAUAGCAAGGAACUGCCCUUCAUUUCCUAGCCAAGGAAAGACUAUAUACACAACUGCUGCUCUGAAUUAAUUAUUAAAUAGGAUAACUUAGGAAUGGGCCAGUCAAAUCCUCAAACACCAUGCAAUCUUUGGCAUUCAAAAGAUUUUAUAUGCUAGAGAAAAUAUAUGAGGACUAAAAUUUAGAAAUUUAAACACUAGUAUCUUUGUAGUUGACACAAGGACUACAUUAUUUAUCUCUACAGAAGCUAUGAAAGUGAUAGAUUUAAUUCAACCCAAUCAUUAUUUUAUUUGGAUAGUGGAUAUGGAAGUAAGUACCCAGUUCUUUUUUUUAGAAUUCUUCCGCUUUGAAUGAGCUCAUACGGCUGUGUUCAUUUUCUCUGAAAUUUGUCCCUUUUAGAUGUAUAAUUUAUCAUUUUUAUUGAUAGUUUUUAGGUAAUCUAACAUAAAUACACUCAGCACUGACUCACUGACUGACUCUGUAACACUAUGAAUUCUGUACACAUGCGUUUACAGUGUAACAUUUUCAUUGCUCUUUGCUGACCUGUUCAUUCUAGCAUUGUUGCCGACUCUAUGUCGCAAAGAUAGUAUGCAUGGGAGCAUAGCAUCAUGUUUUAUGGAUUAGUUUGCCAUGUUUUAGUAAUCUAUAUCUGUUUAAUAUAAUUCAAGUUUUUUUGCCUCCACUUGCAAAAAUGAAUCUACCAACCACUGUUGUGUCAAUUUUUCAGCACUAAUGAUAGAACUAAAUUGAUUGUGAAUAGAUGUUAAGACAAUUUUUGAAUUGUAGAAUGCUAAUGUUGCAAACUUUAUUCAAUUGAGCACCUUCAUACGAAUUGUUCAUAAAAUCCACAACAAGGAAGAUUAUUGAAUGACCAGAGACAAUUAACACACAACGUAGUUUUUCAAAAGGUUUUUCAUUAAAAACAUUUUUUUUUAUCAUUCCAUAUAUAUAUAUAUAUAUAUAUAUAUAUAUAUAUAUAUAUAUAUAUAUAUAUAUAUAUAUAUAUAUAUAUAUAUAUCAGAAAUUAUUUUCAUUUGCAUAAAAUUGAAAGAAGAAAUUUUAAUAAAUAUUUUGUCUAAGUAAAACUAAAGUGUUUGUUAAUAUAUUCAUCUAUUCAUCAUUUUUCAAUAGGUGCCUUAGGCACCUUACAAUUAACUAGUUGUUAAAUAUUGCUUGUAAAUUGUAGAUUUCACUUGUAACUUGUAGACUUGUAAUGUUUAUGCAAUAGACCUCAGUUAGACAUUUGUCAUUGCUGCUAAAUCUUGCUAACUUAUACGACUUUGUGUAUUGUAUUCUGAUUUUCAAGAAGCAUAGACAUGACCCGUAUUUAUGAAAAUGUUUUGAUAGUUUAUUUAUUUAUUUAUUUUUUUAACUUUUCUUUUGAUUUUUUUUUCUCUGGUUUUAUGUGAAUUACGUUUAAUUUCAAAAACUUGUGUUUGGUUUGUAUUGAUUGUAAUUUUUUUGAAGUUUUUCCUUCCAUUAUUGUCCAGCUAUUUUUAUUUUGGGGGGAGGGGGAAGGUGCGAACUAAAUUUCAGAGUUAUUUAUAAACGUAAUUCAUUGAUAAAUAAAAAAUAAUAAUUUUCAGAUACUGUAAAAUACAAGCUCGACUGUACUAAGGAAGAAAGAAGUGUAGUUCAAACCACUAACCACAAAAUAUGUCUCUAAAGCCCACCCCACACGAUGCCCAUUUUCUGCUAUAACUUCUGUUAUACCCAUGGGUAUAAAAAUUUUCAUAAAAAUUUGUAUAGCAGAACCGCAGAAAGAUUUCUUAACUCCAUACACACGAUACCUAGAAUGCUAACAGAAAACCAGCCAACGCAGUUGCCGACCAAAGCAAACAUAUCAGGGGAGGAUAAACCUGUCGUAGUCAACUUAUCAAAAUACUGAAAAAAAAAACACCUGUUUGUGUUAAAAAUUAUGUAACUUGCGGAAAUAUUAUUUGAUAUUUUAUCUUAUAUUUUUCAUUUGCAAAUAAAUAACAAAAUUGGUUUAGUAUUUAAAAACAAAUUAAGAGCAAUUUUGGAAUUACAAAUAUAUUUUUAAGUUGUAGGUUAAUUUCAAAAUCUAAAAAUAUAUAAAUUUAAAUGAUACAAGGGACAUUGGGUUUACUAAAUGUAGUUUAUGUACGGUUUAAAUUCUAAUUUUAAUUUAAUUAUACAGUUAAUCAAGCUAAUUUCAUUGUAAUAGUAAAAAAAUGCUACCGAUUCAUAUAUGUUAUAUAUAAGAUUUAUUGAUUACUUAUAUAUUUAACUACAUAAUUAGAGGAAUUGUAACUAAUAUUUUUUGUAACCCAGUGAGACAAAUAAACACGCACAUACCGCGUAAUAAAUUUAAAUCUUCGGUGAAGAAAAACAUUUUGCAUGUUUUUUUUUUACCCUCACAGGUGUGUCGCUAUGAAGUAUCAGUUUAUUCAUUAUUAAUUUAUGGACACUCGUUUCUUAAUAAACGUUGGCGUUUUAAUUAUAAAAUUAACUUUUGGUUUAAAUUAUUUGUGAACAUGUGAUUUUACUUUACUUUUUUAAAAGUAAAAAUAAAUCUAGGUACGUAGUACUAUGAAUAAAAUCAAUGGACUGAGACACCUAAAUGUAGUUAAUAAUAUUAUAUCAUAAAUUAAUUCUAAUAAUUUAUAUUUGCAGAAAGCACAGUAUGUACAAUUUAAUUAUCUGUUAUUUAAAAAAAAACUAAAAAAAAAAAUAGGAAUGAUGAGGAUUCGAACCACAUUCAAAAGUCACCUUUCUACCUCUGCCAUCGUGCCCUUCGCCACUACGCUACCGCAACUUCUACGGAUGUGAUAGGAGAUAAUGGGUAAUAUAGAGUGCAAUGUAUUUUCAUAACGUAUUUUAAAAUUUUCGAUUACUUCUUUCUGUGGCAAUUUCAGCUUAACAAAUAUAUUCCAUAGUAGUUUUACUAUUAUAAAGUUUCAUUUGGCAUACCAUUACAUUUGUUACGUCCCUUAAUGUUGACAAUACAGACUAUAUACGGGGUUAUAUUGCAACACGUGGGUCCGCCAUCUUGACGGCUCCAGCUCGUGGGUAUAGCAGAAAAAUAGAACACGUUCUAUUACGGUUUUGGCUAAGACUUCUGUUAUGAAAACUUUUAUACCCAGAGCCAGACCCCUUGGAAGGGUGCUGAAAUGUUACCCACACGGGAGCAGGCGCGCUAGCAUAAAAAUUACAUGAAAACUGCUAAGGAAAUGGGUGUCGUGUGGGGCAGGCUUAAGAGUUUGUCCAAAUACAAAUUAUUUUUAAUUUUAAAUGUUUUUACUAACAAAAUUUUAAAUGUUACUAAUUAAAAUUUUACAAAGCCAAUUUCAUGCUAAUUGUAUGGUGUUACAUUCCCAUUGUGUGAUGUAUUUAUUUUUAGACAUUCCCAGAGUUGAAUAUUUCUUAAAGUUAUAUGAAUGUUUCUUUAAACGUAGACUAAAGUAGAAGUAUCUAGUUUGACUAUUGAUAAGUAAGUUUAUUUCUUUAAUACUUUGAUGAUUCUAUCAAAUACAGUAUGUUAAUCAAGGAUUAAACAUUUUUUGAUUAUUGAUGCAAUAAUCUCUGAUAUUCCAAUUCCAAAUUUAAUUAAGAACUGGAAAGUAUGGUUACAUAAAUAAGAUAGGAAACUUUUUUUUAACUAAAACAAAUUGUUUCACUGAGAGGUACUUUAACCAACAGCAAAGAAAUGUGUACACAAAUGUAUUCAAUACAGAUUAAAUGUUCUUAAUUAAAAUAAGUAUUGAUAUAUGUUAUAUAAAUUUAAUUAAAACAAAAUAUAAUUGUAUCUAUACCUUACAGGAAUAGUUUCACAAUCAUGUUUUUUUUAUUUUUUGCUUCAGUUAUUGUUAAAUGAACGGGAAUAUUUCAGGACUCUGGUUCAUAAUACAUUGACAGUAAUUAUCUUGUAAUAAAUUGACUGCAAUAUAAAUACACUAAAAAAUCUUGUAAGGCAAGGACAUAAGAAACGAGUUUUGCAUUUUGCAUCCAGUAGAUUUUUUUGUGUGUAUGGGUUUGCGCAAAGAUAUUGGACAAGUCUUAUACAAUAAUACAAUAAUACAAUGACAGCAAAUGAAAUAUACAUACAAAUAAACAUUUCUUCUUAUUGUACGUGAUCUGAAUCCUCCACUGGCAAGUAUAACAGAUAAAAAAAUAUAUAAAAAUUCACCGAACACUGUUUACGAUUGUAUAUUUAAUAUUUGUAUUUUUUUAUUGAUUAUAAGUUUAUUAAACAAGUAUUCAUUGACAGAAUGUGUGAUUUUGCAACAGUACGAACAGCUUGAAGUGAGUUUCAAUACAUGUUCCAAAUUUUACUCUGCACAAUUUUUUAUUAUACUUUUAAGUUUUAAUAUUUUGUGACUGUGAUAUAGAAUGAUUGAUUUUUAAAUAGUGCCCAUUAGAAUAUUCGCAUCAUUUCAUUUUUUGAAGUGAAAAAUAGUGUGAGUGCAAUUUAUGGUAAAAUGAAAAGAAAACAAAAAGGUUGAUUUUAAGCAUAUUUUUUUUAUUUCACAAAUAUUUUUUGCAAAAUUUUGAAAAUGACUCUGUCCAAUUACAGGACCCGUAUAUAUACAUACAAUUGAUUUAUUCAUUGUAUUUGCAAGUUAUCUGAUUUUAUUUGCAACAUUUUUUUUUUCAACAGUAUUUUUGUACUUUUUUUAAUGUAUUUAAAUUAGUAACACUUAUUUUGUAACAAAAUAGCAUUUAAUUGAAUUAUCCAAGUUCUUGAUUCUAGGAUGUUGAAGGAUUGUAGUUACUUUUCUGCCUUUUUUUUUGUACUUUUUGCCUUAUGGGAGUGGCCUUUCUUCAGUGAUGUUUUUCGAAUGAAACAUUCUAUAACUGUGAAACAUUCUUUAACUGUUUCUGUGAUUUUUCCAUGUUUUUCCUAAAGUCUUUUUCUAGUUUUAGACAGAUAAAGCUUUUAAGUUAUUGACCAAUUUUCUGUGGUCAUCUUUUAUUGGUUAUUGCUGCUUUCUGGAUUGUAUGGAAUACACGCUAUAAGCCAAAACUUAAAUAUAUAUAUAUAUAUAUACUAGAUAAUAUACUGGGGUAUGAGUAUGGCAUGCUUAAGUGAAAAUUUUUGUGUUUGAGUAGUGAUGGUUUAUCAGAAGUAGUUUCCAAAAACAAUAAGGAUGUUGAAAUGAGUCUAGCAACGUAGCAAAGAGGAUUCACAUUUUAUGCAUCUAGUACUGUAUUGGUUGAUGUGAUAAUGAAGAUUGAAGAUUUUUUUUUUUAUUUAAACCAUUUAUUUGACAGAUACUGGAGUAGUCAGAAAUAUAACUUGAUAAAAUUAAAAUUGUAGCAGUUUAUCUAGAUGUCAACUAUGGUAAAAUAAAAUAAGAAUUUAGGAGGCAAAGUCGUAGUCGAUUCGACUUGCAAAGCUGUCAACAACUCUUCGCCUUUUUUUAUGAGUUCUACAACAGGUGAUAAGAGUUUUGCUGUAAAGUGUUUGAGGAUGAAUAAUUGCUCAUUCACUCGUAAAUUUUAGUGCUCAUAUUCAUACUUAUAUUUGGUUCGUUGUUAAAUGUAUACUAUUCAAUUCCUACUAAUAGAUUUCUUUCAGUCAUAAUAUGUCAAAAUAUUUAAGUUCUUACCUCAAGGAGUGUCAUCUAGAAUGGGUUGCCAUGUUUUUAAGUUAGAUUUUUUGUUUGUGGUUGUUUCCAGUAGUAGUUUCCAAGUAUUUAGCUAAAAUGAAAUGCUUUAUAGCAUAGUUUUGUUUGUAGUUGUGAGCAUGUUUAUGUUGUGUUUGAAUUAUUGUUUGCAAACCUUUAUACUUAAGAUAAAGUUUGGUUUUGAAACUUAAGUUUGUUCAAUUGGGCUUCUCUUUCUCCUCCUCGGAAGUUAUGACAGUCAAAAGCAAAAUGAGUUCGGUCAUAAAUAGUUGCUAACCUUUUGAUGUCAAAUGAUGCUUUAGUCACAUACUAUCCUGCAAAAAAAUACAUACGGCAAAUAUAGAAUAUAUCUUUAGAAUCAGGAAAUUAUUUUCAAUAUACUCAUAUUUCUAUAUCCAUUUUUAAAUACGAUUCUAUUAGGCAUGUGCAAAUAAUGCUUUUAUCAUUAUCAAUAUUUUCAUAUAUAAUAUUGAAAUAUUGAAUGUGAUGAAGUAAGUAAAUAUAAUUGAAAUAAUUGAUUAAAAAUUUAAAACUAACUGCCAUAUACUAAUAAAAUUAACUCCUCGCUUUUGAAUUGAAAUGUAUGAGAGUUUAUUUAAAAGAAGGCUUUUAAUAUGACAGUAUAGCAAUAAACUAACUGUAACUUGUAUUGUAAAGUGAAAUUAAUGCCUACCUGUGGUGGAGUGUUUUUAAAUCAAUGUAAAGCAAAGCUAAGGAGGAGCACAUAAUUAAAAAUAGCCUAAACUUGUACUAUUAAACCAUCCCAUUUUUAAAUUUAUUAUCUCAUCACCAGAAAAUUUAAUAAUAAUUAAUAAUACAUUGUGCAAAACAUGUGUUGAGGUAUGCAUAUGACCAAACUUUUUUCCAGUUAUUACAAAGCAUGAUCAUUCACUAGUACUUCAAUUCUGCCAAAAAUAAAUCAUGAUCCUGGCGAGUUAAAAAUUCUUUCUUCAAAGUUUAAUUAUUAAGUUAGUCUUAAUAUAUAAAUGAGUCAUGUUUCGUUACUACAAGAAACCAUUUCACAGCUGUGGACGUAGGUAACAUUGUGCCAAUUGUUGUAAAUGCAACAGUAGAGAAUGUGAUGUUUUCAACCCUUCAAUUAAUAAUAAAAAGCUACAACUAUAACAAAAAAUUAUAUACUCUUGUAAUAGAUCGCAAAUAUUUGUAUACUAAUAAAUUGGUGUUUUAAGAGUUGAACCACAUGAUUUGCAUUCUGCAGUUUUGUUCUGGGAGUAAAAUACUUCAAUAUGAUGGUCUUACAACCGUCAUCCAUCAUCUAAACAAAACACAAGAGUCAUAUAUACUAAAUUAAAAUCAAAAUUUGUAUUUUUCUAAGAACUAUAGCUAGGAACAAAUUUGCAUAUCCAUGGUAAAAAUAAAUUAAAUAUGAAUUGAUAUACUUCCCGGAGUCUGUGUUUCAACUUGUGUAACCCAAUAACUUUAUUUGGUAUGUUUGUCAACGCACCAGCAAAUUAUGCAUUUUCAGAAGUCAUUAUUAGUUCGACUGCAAAUGAUUUUGAAGUUAAUAUUCACAAUUGCGUAAUAUUUGUUAUAACUAUUAUAAGAUUUAACGGUAAAUAAUUCUUGAAAACAUGGAUUUUCUUUAGUGAGCUUCCUACUAAAAGAUAAGGUUGGGUGCCGUCAUUUAUCAGUGGGAAAUAAACGGGGGAAAAGAGGGGGGGGGGGGGGGGGGACUGGCAGAUAAGUGAACUAUUUAAACCCGACAAAGUCUAGUUAGAAGACAAUUUUCCCUCCACAACACUCUCUCAUACAAAAGAGCAUCAAGGGAGGGGACCUGUGUUGCCUGCAAGCAUUUUGAACCUCACAGAUAAAACCAUCCACUUCAUGCUGCUUGCAGUAAAUAAAAAGGCUAGUAGGUAGACAAAGGUAUAAAAAAAGAGAAGCUGGAUUGAACGAACCACUUGUUCUUUAAAAUGUGGCUGUCUAUUUACAGGUUUAUUUAAGCAACUUUUCAGUAUUGUUUACAAGACAUGCGUAUAAAUGUGCAGUCAGUAGGGACAGGAUUAUGUGGUGAAUUGCGAUAAAACCUAAAUAACACUGAAAAGCAUGUCACACCAUAUAACACCGAAGUUCAAGUUACUACACCACAAAGCACUGAAAUGCAAUUAGUCAUGAAAUUAAUCUGCAUUUUCAAUCAAAACUUCACUCUAAUGACAAAUAUCUAAUCUUUUAAAAAUUAGUUGAAUGAAAGUAAUUUAUUUAGCAUGAUGUUUGUACCACAGUUUGAUAAAAAAAAAAAGAUUGGAAAGGUUUAUACUCUUUUUAAUCUUACAACCGUUAUUAGUUAUUAAACUUUACAUUAUGAAGUUUGAACAUUUUUCAGUCACAAAAAUAUUUAAUAGAUUUAUUUUAUUUAUUCUGAAAAGUUGGCCAUUCUUAUUACAAAUCAUUAUGUUGAAAAAGUGCAUCACGUAUCCGUCAAAAUAACCCUGUUUUGGAAACAGAUUUCAUAAAAAAUUAUCAAUAUCACCAAAAUCUUCUGUUUCAAAAAUUAAAUUGUUUUGAAAAUUAAACCAUAAAAUCUUGUCUCUAGCAUUCACUCAUGUUUCUUUUUAUUUUUGAUAUCAUAUUUUUAUAGUAAGAUUUAUUCUAGUUCAAUAAACUCUUUUCUUGACUUCAUAUUUUAAAUUGAAGGUUUAAAUAUUUAAUUUUCAUUGGGGUUUAAAAAAAAUUUUUAUGAAUUAUGCAUGCCUUGUUAAUCAUAAUUUCUUUAUAUUUAUUUAAUAUAAGAAAAUAUAUAUUUACCAUUUUAGUAUAUAGUGAUUUUUAUUAUUCUGAUAAGAUAGUGAUUACUAGAAAGAUAGUAAAAUUUGUUUCUUAUCAGUGAGUACAUCACUGGAUAAUUAAGUCAGUAAAUGACAGUGUCUGCACUGAAUUUGUUUAUAAAAUUAAUGUAAUAUUGUAUUAAUUUGUUAAUAUUCAUUCCAAAAAAUUAAAUAGGAUUUAAUAAAUUUUACUUUGUGCCUUUAAUUGAAGUUAUAAAAAUUUUAUACUAUAGAAAGUAACUUUCAAAUGCAACUUGCAUCGAAAAUGUUAGAUCUUUAUUACUUGUACAUUCUUAACUCAUCUGAGCUCUUAUGGUAGAAAACGAGUUAUAUAUUGAUUGUAAAUCUGGUUUUUGUAUAGCUUUAGUUUGGAUGCUCAUGUAAAUCAUUUCCUUAGAUAACGAGGAUUGUUUUCUUCGGAGUGUGUAGGUUUAUGUUAGCGGAUCAGUAAUGAUCCUUUGCAUACGAUGUGCACAGAUGAAAUACAACUGUGGAGGUUUUGGUGUACGUGUUAAAAAUUUAAAUUUUAAAAAGUUGAUUUAGACCUAGUAUCAGCAUUUUUGAAGUUAGGUACAGUGGUGGUAAUUUUUGCAAAACAACAUUGUCAAGUAGUUGUGUUGUAAAGUGUUUUGCCAGCAUGUGUGUCAUUACACACUUGCAUAAAGUAACUUACUGACUUAUGAAAGGAAAAAGUUUUUUUAUCUAUUACUUAACUCAUAUUUUCUGCAAGUGGAGUUUGUACAUUACUUAAGUAUAAUAUACGAAAUUGCAGUGUUUUGAUGCGGUACUUAUAUUUAUUAUAAUGCUACUAGAUUAAAUUUUUAAAAAUAAAGAAAUUAAAUUUUAUAAUUUACAGUUUUGUAUGUGUGAAUAAUGUUAUUGAGUCUUCACUACUAAAUAAUAAUAAAAAAACAAUUCCCUUGCAAUGACUUCAGACUAAAAUACAUUUAAUACAGUGUAAAAUCUCUGUUUAGUAUCUUUGAUUUCUACAUUUGGUUGUUUGUUCCAACACCAUUAUAAUGAUAACUAAAUAGUACUCAGUAAGCAAAGAAAAAUAUUGCAUGUGCAUGUGUCGUAGAAGUGCGUGAUUCAUAGUUUACAGGCAGAACUGAAAUGCCAAUGGGUAAUGAGGAACUCGGUCGGGUGUACAAAACAAGUAAGCAGUCGCAACUGUGAUAAGCCUGUCAAAUAAACUUCAGCAAGCUGGCAGGCAUGCCACUGUAUACACACAGAUUUGUGGUAGCAAUUGCUUCCCAGCUGUUGUUGGCUUCAGGGUACCAGCAAACAAUCUUCCUAACUGCAGGUUUUAUUUAUGUCAUCGUGUCUUUAACAAGUUAGGGAGUUUCUAUAUUUUUUUGAACUGUUUCAAGUCAUUGCAUUUUAAUUUUUUUAAUUUGUUUUAUUCAUAAAAGAGGGGGGAGGGAGAGUAAAUCUAUAUUUUUUGGUUUUUGUGUAUUCAUUUGACAGAACAUUAAAUAUGUAGUUUUAUUCUUUUAUUUUAUCAAAAAUAAUUAUAUAUUUGUAAAAAUUCAUUAUACUCUAAUAAGCCUGAAUGUGGAACAAUAAACCUUAUAGGCUGAGUACUUCAUUAAAGUUUAUUAAAUACAAAUUUACUUGUUUGGCAAAAUUUUUAAUUUGGCUAAUAUUCAAACACAUUUCACAACAUUUUAUAUUGGUCAUUAUUUAAUGCUAUUUAAAUUAGAGUAAUAUGAUAUGUACUGUCAAUUCAUGCACCAAAACCUUCCAUUCUUCACAUUUUCAAAAAACUGGGCAACUGCAACCUUAUGUCAUUUUUAGAUUGUUUUCAAUAUUUAUUUUAACUGUGUAGUUGUACUUUGGAGCAUUCUGUGUAACAGUUUUUAUCUUGUAAUAAAAAUGUGAUCCUCAUUUUGUGUAUUAAAACAACUGAAGAACAUAAUUGUGUGAAUAAAAUACAGAAUUUUUAAAUA